AUGAAAGUUCGUUACAAGUGGCCAGGUGGAACUGGCAUCAUCACGCUGGGGGACGAUGCUACGUUAGCAGAUGUGGUGCAGGAGUUGGCAUCUAAAACCUCUCUCAGUAACUUUGGUAUCAAAUUCGGACAGCCUACUGCAAUGAAAACUCUGGAUAUGAGUGAUCUCGAUCAGUUGGCAAAGAAGCUCGGACUUCAUGGAGAGACGCUGACUAUUGUGCCGCAUGACGCGCGCUCGUCACCUACAAAACAAUUCGCUGGCGAGACGGGGAUUCUUGAACCCGAAAUUCAUCGCAGACAGACAUUGAUGCCCCAGGAUGUCCAUGUGCCCUGGGAAGUUAGAGAUGGAACUCUCCUACUGCGAGUAAUGCCAAGCGAUAACAGCUGUCUCUUCACUGCAUUCGGCGGUGCUUUACCACAACAAGUGCUACCAUCGAAACUGCGACAGAUGAUGUCUGAUUACAUCCAAGAGCACGUGGACGUGUAUUCCGAGGCCAUUUUAGGAGUACCUCCUGACAAAUAUUGUCGGAGCAUUGUCGACCCAGAUAGAUGGGGAGGCGGUAUAGAGCUGAGCAUUCUUUCCUCUAUCUUCGACAUAAAAAUAUGGACAUUCGAUAAUCCUAUAUCGUUCGGGGAAGGGAAACGUGACCAGUGCAUUCUGGUAUAUUCUGGCGUUCACUACGAUCGCAUAGCCUUUAGUUAUUCAGAAUAUCCUCACACGGCUCCUAUGCUACCCAUCGAAAUGGACCGAACUGUAUGGCCUAUAGAAGAUGAAGAAGUCCUCAUUAAAGCUCAGGAGUUAGUCGGAAAGCUUCACGGCGCACAUUACUACACAAACAUGGAUGGACUGCUUCUCAAGUGUGACAUUGCUGACUGUGCUUGGAUUGGAUCAGGACAAGCCGAGGGCCAAAGGCAUGCCGCAGAAACAGGCCACGCUCAGUUGAGUGAGAUCGUUGACAAGCAGACAGAUGCUGUACUUCGCCACGAGUCUUACUCGGUAAUUGAGGAUUGGUAG